GCUAUUUAGGCAAUGGAGCACAUGACAGAAUGGAUGAAAUCUUCCAGGUUGAUCUCAUAUUCGCGGACAGGGUGACGGAGGAGGGGAUGAGGAGUUGAGGUGACAUGAGAUGAACAAGGCCAGCCCCUGACUAUCGAUAAAAUAGUGAAGCGAGAAGGGAGACGAAUGAGAAACAGUGACGGAUUUCUUCUUUUUUUCAUCCCUUGAUCCCCCUUUUCUCAUAAGAAAACAAUUGAGGGUCUGAUGUGCUUCGACUCGAGACUGAGGAAAGACAGAGUUGACACUGUUAGUAGACUCGUACCUGGUACAAAUACCCAGAUCCACCUUCCAGAAGUGUAGCGGGACAGGACGGCGAAAAUCGCAUGCGAGGAACUUCCGAUAAGUACCUCGAGAGAGAAUGAGGGGGACGAGACUUGGUCUGCUAUCAGCGACGCAGAAAUUGGGCAUCUGGGACAAAUCCCAUGCCAUGGAACCAGGCAAUUCCUUAUCGGAGAUCAUCUUCAGUCCUGCACUAGAGACUUUAGGUGUGUUUCGGUUCGAUUCGAUUCAACAAAAAAACCCUGGCCUAGCACACAAAAACCCAACACACAGAAAACGAAACAAGAGAAAAGAGAAGAGUCACUAUGAGGGUAAGAGGGCAGGGAGGGCUGCCGGAUCACCAAUUGAGUCAUACAGUCACACAUGUACACAUGCACAUGUGCGCGGCUCUUGCAUCUCGUUCUCCAGUUUCCCCCCUCAGCCAGGCCCCAGGGUGAGAGUCCAGAGGGAUACAGAGGGCAAUAGAGGGGCAUCUCAGGCCUGGCCCUGUCCGGCAUCACAUCAUGCUGAUGAACCUCUAAUAGACAGAGUUGCGGGUAGGACCCUUGCCCUCAUGGCUCCUCUCCACAGUCCAAGUCCUUGGGCUGGAUUAGGCGAAAAUCCAUCCCACUGUGGGCAACCAAGACGAAGAAGGCCACAAUUCGAGAUGGCCCUCGUGGUCAUGUAGGCGACGAGAAUCGCAACGAUGUUGUACAGUGAGGUAAGGCAGUGACUCGGCCGGUGCCCACGACGCCCUGGAGCUUUCUUUGGGAGCACCGAGGGCAGUUUUUACCAUUGCUUUUAUCGCUGGUAUCUGCGAUCGGAAUAAAGCAAUCAGUUCAGGCCUCGGUCUUUCAGAA